CCCCAGGACCGGCCGGCGGCAUGGCGGAGCAGGAGAGCCUGGAGUUCGGCAAGGCGGACUUCGUGCUGAUGGACGCCGUCACCAUGCCCGACUUCAUGGCCAACCUGAAGCUCAGGUUUGAGAAGGGGCGGAUCUACACCUUCAUCGGCGAAGUGGUGGUUUCCGUGAACCCGUACAAGACCCUGAACAUUUACGGGAAGGACACGAUCGAGCAGUACAAGGGCCGGGAGCUCUACGAACGACCCCCUCACCUCUUCGCCAUCGCCGACGCCGCCUACAAGGCCAUGAAGAGGAGAGCCAAAGACACCUGUAUCGUCAUUUCCGGUGAAAGCGGGGCCGGCAAAACCGAAGCCAGCAAAUACAUCAUGCAGUACAUCGCCGCCAUCACCAAUCCCGGCCAGAGGGCCGAGGUGGAGAGAGUGAAGAACAUGUUGCUGAAAUCCAACUGCGUCCUGGAGGCCUUUGGCAACGCCAAAACCAACCGCAACGACAACUCCAGUAGGUUUGGAAAGUACAUGGACAUCAACUUCGAUUUCAAAGGGGACCCCAUAGGUGGACACAUCAAUAACUAUUUGCUCGAGAAGUCUCGGGUGAUUGUGCAGCAGCCUGGGGAAAGAAGCUUCCACUCCUUCUAUCAGCUUCUCCAAGGAGGUUCUGAGCAGCUGCUGCGCUCUCUCCACCUCCACAAAGAUGCCUCUUCCUACAGCUAUGUCCGAGGUGGAGCUCAGCUGAAGUCGUCCAUCAACGAUGGGGCAGAGUUCAGGGCGGUGGCAGAGGCUAUGAAAGUGAUCGGCUUCAAGCCUGAGGAAAUUCGAACAACUUACAAAAUUCUGUCUGCCAUUCUUCACCUGGGGAAUCUGAAGUUCGUCCUGGACGGGGACACGCCGCUGAUCGAGGACGCCCGGGUGGUGUCUGCCCUCGCCGACCUGCUGUCCACCAGGGCCGAGCUGGUGGAGAAGGCCCUCCUGUUCCGCACCGUGGCCACGGGCCGCGACGUCAUCGACAAGCAGCACACGGAGCAGGAAGCCACCUACGGCCGAGACGCCUUCGCCAAGGCGAUAUACGAGCGUCUCUUCUGCUGGAUCGUCACCUGCAUCAACGACGUCAUCGAGGUGAAGGAUUACGACAGCACGGUCCACGGGAAGAAUACCGUCAUCGGGGUCCUGGAUAUCUACGGCUUCGAGAUCUUCGACAACAACAGUUUCGAGCAGUUCUGCAUCAACUACUGCAACGAGAAACUGCAACAGCUCUUCAUCCAGCUGGUGUUGAAGCAGGAACAGGAAGAGUACCAGCGGGAGGGGAUCCCUUGGAAGCACAUCGACUACUUCAACAAUCAGAUCAUCGUGGACCUGGUGGAGCAGCAGCAUAAGGGGAUCAUAGCCGUCCUGGACGACGCCUGCGUGAACGUUGGCAAAGUGACCGACGAGAUCUUCCUCGAAGCGCUCAACGCCAAACUGGGGAGGCACGCCCAUUUCUCCAGCCGGAAGCUCUGCGCCACAGACAAGAUCCUGGAGUUCGAUCGAGAUUUUCGGAUCAAGCACUACGCCGGAGACGUGAUCUAUUCCGUCGUCGGCUUCAUCGACAAAAACAAGGACACCCUAUUUCAAGAUUUCAAGCGCCUCAUGUACAACAGCUCCGAUCCCGUCCUGAAGAAGAUGUGGCCCGAGGGCAAACUGAGCAUCACCGAAGUGACCAAACGACCUCUCACCGCCGCUACCUUGUUUAAGAACUCCAUGAUCGCGUUGGUGGACAACUUGGCCUCCAAGGAGCCGUACUACGUCCGCUGCAUCAAGCCCAACGACAAGAAGUCGCCGCAGCUCUUCGACCCCGAGCGCUGUCGCCAUCAGGUGGAAUACCUCGGCCUGCUGGAGAACGUCAGGGUGCGCCGGGCCGGGUUCGCCUACCGCCAGACCUACGAGAGGUUUCUGCUCAGAUACAAGAUGCUCUCCAAGUUCACCUGGCCAAAUCACGACCUUCCUUCCGACGAAGAAGCCGUGAAGAAACUCAUCGAGUGCUGUGGGUUUCAGGACGACGUGGCUUAUGGGAAAACCAAGCUUUUCAUCCGCACUCCCCGGACCCUGUUCACCUUAGAGGAUCUCCACGCCGAGAUGCUCGUCAGGAUCGUCCUGUUCUUACAGAAGGUAUGGCGAGGCACCCUGGCCCGCUUACGGUACAAGAGGACCAAGGCCGCCCUCGCCAUCAUCCGCCACUACCGCCGCUACAAAGUCAAGGCCUACGUCCGGGAGGUGGCCCGGCGCUUCGACGGCCUCAAGACCAUGAAGGAUUAUGGGAGACACGUCAAGUGGCCAACCCCUCCCAAAGUCCUGUGGCGUUUCGAGGAGGCCCUGAAGGCGAUUCACCUCAGGUGGAGGGCAACUCAGCUCAUCAACAGUCUCCCCCCCGAAGACCUGCCCCAAGUCAGGGCCAAGGUGGCCGCCAUGGAAAUGCUCAAGGGUCACAGGGCGGACCUCGGCCUGCAAAGGGCCUGGGAGGGCAACUACCUCGCAGCCAAGCCGGACACGCCUCAGACCCCGGCCUCUUUCGGCCCCGUCGCCAAUGAGCUGAAGCGGAAGGACAAAUACAUGAAUGUUCUCUUCUCCUGUCACGUCCGUAAGGUCAACCGAUUCGGCAAAGUGGAAGACAGAGCCAUUUUUGUGACCGACCGUCAUCUUUAUAAGAUGGACCCCACGAAACAGUACAGAGUGAUGAAGACCAUCCCCCUCUACAACUUGACUGGAUUGAGUGUCUCCAAUGGGAAGGACCAACUUGUCAUCUUCCACACCAAAGACAAAAAGGACCUGAUUGUGUGCCUUUUCAGCAGACAACCAACGCAUGAGAGUCGGAUAGGAGAACUCGUCGGCGUCCUGGUGAAUCAUUUCAAGAGCGAGAAGCGCCACCUGCCAGUGACCGUGACGAACCCGGUGCGGUGCCACAUGAACGGCAAGACCUGCACCGUGUCCGUGGAGACCCGGACCGACCAGCCGCAGCCCCACUUCACCAAGAACGGCUCCGGCUUCGUCCUCAGCGUCCCCGCCAACUAGGCCCCGCCGCCGCCCCCGGAGAGCGGGCCGCCGCGGGGCCUCGGACUCUCUCCGUUUGCAGGCCCUCGGCCGCGGCUGGCCGCCGCGCUCUCCGGUCCCAACCCCAUCUGCCCCAAAUCCCUCAGAGCCUCUGCUUCUUCGUCUUAGAGAGCCCCUCGCUAAGAACGGGACUGGUAACGGCCGGCCCGCCGGGGGCCGGGGCUGACCGUCUCCUCGCCUGCUCCUUCCAGAGUGCCUUUCCCCCUCUCCUCCCCGGCUCCUCUAAGCACCUUCCCUGCCUCCUUCCCGACUGUCCCCCCAAGUGCCUUCCCCGUCUCCUCCCAUGCUUCCCUUCGAGGGCCGCCCGCACCUUCUUCCCUCUCACUCCCGAUCUCUCCCCUGCCGCCAUUCCUUCUGCUCCGGGGCCCCUUGGGUUUCUCCCCGCCGUUUCUCGCCCGGCUUCCCCCUGCCUCGUCCGGAGGAGCGGGAGACCGGGGGGCGGCCCGGGGAGGCCCCCGCUGGAGGCCGGACCCUCCGGAGAGGGCGGUUUCCAGGGCCGGGCGGGGGUCGAGAGUGGUUUUCGGGGAUGCCGGGCCCCCCUUCCUGCUCGGCCCGGCAGGGGAGGGAACCCCGGCGAGGGCACCUGGGGGAAAGUAAGGGGAUUCCGCUUUCAGGGGAGCCGGCUGGGCCCGCCCGCCCUCCGUCCCCAGAGCCCCCGGCCCCGCCACCCGCAGCCCCCCGGAGUCACCGCUCGGCCGCUCUGCGCACGGAGGCGUGCGGAGCGCGGGAUGGGGCGAGGGGGUAGGCCCGCCCGGCCUGCCCUGACCCGCGCCUCCCGAGCCAGGGCCUCCCGAGCCUCUCCCCUUCUCUGCGAGGGGCCGGGAGCCCCUUUCCCACCCGCCCCCCACACCCGCGGCGGCCGCCACGGCGACGGGACCGGCCUCGGCCCUGCCGGUCGGGGGGGGCGGAGCGCAAGCCCUCUUAUUUAGGUGGCUCCGCCUUGCCGUUCUCCGUUGCACGUAGAAGCGUGGACCGUCUAGCGGAGCUCUCUGGAGCAGACGCCCCUUGACCGUCUCCCCCUCCUCACCAUCUUCGCUGCCGGGGCCGUGUCCUCACUGGGAAUUCGCUAAGUUGCAAGGGGGUGGGAGGGGAACACACCGUGUGUUUUGUUUUUCCCCCUUUGGCGUAUGCCGGGCGAGUUUAGAGAUGCACGGGUGGGCCAGAGGGACACAGAAUAAGGAGGGACCUUACCUCCCCCGAUCCCGGGGGCUCCGGCCCUGGAUCCCCGCUCCGCUGGUCAGGGCUCGGCCUUCCGUGCCACCGCCGCGCUGGCCACCUGGAUCCAGGGGGCCGGCAGGGUCGCCUCGCGCCCGAGGAGCGCAUCCGUCGGCCCGGCGACCCCACUCGCCCCCAGCCUCCUCCCGUCACCCCCAGCCUCUCCCGAACCUCCACCAGCCGCCCCGAUCGAGUCCCGUAAGCCCCCCGCCUCCCCCAGACCUCCGCCGGCCUCUCCUCUGCUUCCUCCGACCACCCCCCCCGCAGUCUUCCCCCGGCUCCCCUCAGCCUCCCCGGGCCUGCGACUCCCGAGGAGCCUGGCCAGCCCUCUGGGGCUGAAGAGGCCAUCCAGCUUCUCUCCCGCUCCCCGGGCUGACCCGCGGCCUUGACGCGCCGACCCCGGCGGCGACGGGAGAGAUCUGCUGUCUGGAAUGGCGGGCGGGUGGGAGCGGGUGGGGGGUCAGGUGCGGGGGUGGGAAGGGAGGAGGGCUUAAGGGAGAUGCUCUUAUCGUGACCAAAGAUGCCCGAGGCGGGAGGCCGCUUUCUCCCGCCCUCCCCCGCCCCCCCCCCAGCCCCAACGACGUGUCUUUCAAGCCAACGGUGCCAGGCCCGGGAGGGCAGAGGUGAGAGCCGCUGCCGGAUUAGCACUUUCUCAAGGUGAACUCAAACAUCGCAGCCCCGGGGGGAGGGCGGGGGGAGGGAAUCGUACGCGAUACGUUUCUCUUGAUUAAAUUAAAUUAAAUGCAGUUUCUCGGUUGGGUGCAUAUAUUCCUGUUUUCCAUUAAAUUAACACUUUAUUUCUAAAUUGCAUUUUGAUUUGCCGCCGCGAGCAAUAAAGCCUUAAAUCUUCUCGUAA